CUGAUAGGGGCCUGAGGAGAAGGUGGUACAUUUAUAUUUCUUUGCUUCCCAAAUGGCAUACUAUUUUCCCUAUGUGGUGCACUACAUUUGGUCAAAGCCCUAUGGGCAACCUUUAUGUUCAGCCCUCUGGUAAUGGUUCCUGUCGGGGCAGGUCUGCCACGAUAGGGUACUUUCUUUUUGCUGUCACAGUGUGUGAAUAUAUAGACACAGGAUUACUAUGAGGAAAGGUUGUGUAACUGUUGUUGGGAUACUGCUGUGUGUGUUCGAUCGCCACAAAAGGAGGGGGCUGUUCACAGUCUUAUCUGUGCAUUGCAGUCGGCCAUAGUUCACGCGGUCACUUGAAGGGCGACACCUUCGUAUCGGCUGCAGGGCAAAAGGACGAGGAUGCAGGUCUUUGUCAUCAGUCGGUUUCUAUUGUGCUCCGAGUGACGAUUGACGAAACACACAGAGCCACCACCAAGCGAGCACCAAUGUCAAAUCAUACCUCAAAACUCUCGGCUGUCUAAAUGAUAUAUUGAACCAAUUAAAGGAACACCAACAAAUCUUGAACUGCUCAUUUCAGUCAGACAUUCAAAUAUGCCGUGAUGAAAAAUAUUAGCUUAUUACGGUCUUUAAUCACAUUCUCAGGCUGCCCAUUUGCUGAGAGGACAUUAGCUUGAUCUGAAUCAAUGACCUUCAGGUUAGUCUAGCCUAGUCUAGUUCUUUAACAACUCUCACACCACAUUUCUCUCAGUCCACCACUCAGUUCUCCUUAGUGGUGCUGUAGCUCAAAGGCAACAACGAUGUGUGGCGGGCACGUCUUCUAUGGGACACUGAAAAGGAUGGAAUUGUAUGUUCUGUUGCUAAGGAGAUGGAAGGAGGAAGUGCGAAUCGCUAAGCUGCUCACCCUAUUUUAUUGUUAUGUUUUUUUCUCUCUUUUGUGCCCAGACAACAUUGAGAAGAGACUGACGCACCAUGGCACGCUGUCCAAGACACACAAAAGCCCACUGGAGCCUGCACUGAGGAAUUAUCUGCUGUCAGGACCCGCGCCUGCACCAGGGCGAUAGGGAGAGACGGAGCCAAGGAGCCAGGCUCAGGCCACCGCAAGGUGAGGGUGCCGCCGUGCCGGAGAGGAGGAGACUCGCAACUCGCCAAUGGCGUCCUCCGCCAUGCAGAUCCUCGCCUUUGCCCUGGCGCUACUGGGCGUCCUGGGCGCCACUGUGGCCACGCUGCUGCCCAACUGGAAGGUGAGUGCCGACGUGGGCUCCAACAUCAUGACUGCCAUCUCCCAGAUGCAGGGGCUGUGGAUGGACUGUACCUGGUACAGCACCGGCGUGUUCAGCUGCACCUUGAAGUACUCUGUUCUUUCACUGCCUGCCUACCUGCAGACAGCCCGGACGACAAUGGUUCUGUCGUGCAUGAUGGCUUGCCUUGGCCUCUGUCUCGCUGCCCUGGGGCUCAAAUGUACCCGCUGGGGGGGCAGUCACCGGGCAAAGGGACACGCGGCCAUCGGGGCGGGGGGUUGCUUCAUCUUGGCUGGCAUCCUCUGCCUGGUGCCCGCUUCCUGGUUCACCAACGAGGUAAUCACUACCUUCCUGGACUCCAACGUACCUGAGAGCAGUAAAUACGAACCUGGGGGCGCCGUGUACGUGACCUUUGUCUCUGCCGGCCUACUGCUGGCCGGUGGGGUCAUCUUUUGUUUGUCGUGUCCCGGGAAAAGAGAGGGGCAGUUGGACUACACCUCGACAUCCACCUCUACCACCUUUCCUGACAAACUACUGCAGCAGCAGAUAAACCAGGAGCAAAUACAGCGCGACCAGCUCCAGCGUGACCUGAUACUGCGGGAGCAACUGCAACGGGGGCAGAAGGACUUUGAACAGCAGACGUCGCCUAAUGAGCAGUCAAGCCGCGAGCAGCUACAAUGGGGUGACAAAGGGCCCCAGGAUGAGGCCCAAGCAGCUGACGAAAUCCAGCAGGAGGAGCCUCUACAGGAGAAGCCGCUACAUGAGGACAAGGGAACGCAACAGUUCUACUCUCCAUCCAGAGUCCCUCCAAAAGACGCCCGGGCUGGCUACAGCCUGCAGGACUAUGUUUAAUAUGUUUUAUCCCUAAACCCCGCUAUUGUUAGUGGGGUGGAGGGAGAAUCCGGAGGCUAAUCUACUGGCUGCCUUUGUGAGAGGGAGACAGUGGAGGAGAGAAAAAUGGGUGAGGAAGGAGGAAGGUAAUGACUUUGACAGCCUUAUCGCCCCCUCUCAUCUCUCUUGCUACUGCAAGCGCAAGCAGUAAAGGUAUUCCCAAAGUCUUGGAGAAAGGCAGCUUGUGGAUCCAGAAUCCUGGGGUAAAUGCCUCCUUGACUGCUGCUGUGGUGGGCGGAAAGACACAAGGGUGGGGUAGAGGAGAGGUGUCAUAAAAAUGCACAAGCGCAGUACAAGUAUUGUAUAGCCUGUGACAAGUUCCUUUAAAAACGGACGCGGAGGCUUUUCCAUACCAAAGGUUUCAAUGAGAAAACAGUGCUGGUGAUAAUUAGCUGCUAAUAAUAUGACAUCAUUACUUUUGCAUAGCAAGUUACCCACUGGGCACACACUGGUUGAAUAAACAUUGUUUCCAUGUCAUUUCAAUGAAAUUACGUUGAACCAACUUGGAAUAGACGUUUAAUUGAGUAGCGUCCAUGUGUCUGAAAAACGAAGAUGUUCUUUGCAAGCUUGCAUCUCUUCGAGCCCCAUUUGCCUUGUGAGAUUAAAAUAAUCAUCCUCAAUCCUAUUUUCAAAAGAUAAACAGACUGAUUGAUAUUCAGUCUUCUUGGCAUGCUUGUUAAAUAAUGCAGCUCGUUAAAUUAUCGGUAGCUUGUUAAAUAAUGCAGUGGAAUGGAGAGUAGUUACUAAAACAUAGCUACCAAAGCAUGUGCCUAAAAUGUGUUUGUAGAACUUCGAAUGUUUGUAAAGGAGAAUUACAGAAGACUAAAGAAAUGAAAAGGAAGAUCGAAUUCCCACCAAUACCAUACACACACCUCCAGUCCAUCUUGGAGGGGAAUAACGUACAUGGCAGCAGGGCAGACUUAGUGAUUUGGAGACCUAAGGCAGAGGCCAGUCUGAGCCCCUCUCCUGUAAUUUUAACUGUAAAAAUGUAUUACCUUUUAAUGUGCCAUGAACACAACCAGUCAUGAUGUUUCCAUCUGAUUG